UUUGCAAAUUGGUGUCCUAAUGACCGGAGUUUGUGCCCUAUGUCAUCAUAUGAAAUAAAGGCAGGGAUCUGCAGAAUGUCAAAUUCGGUUGUGGUAUAGGCUAAAUCGGUGCGGAAACCCAGUUUCCUUUUUGAGAUCUGCAUUGCACCCCCACACUGAGUGCUGACUUCUCUUCGAUGUUAUCAUCGUGUAUUGGAACUUCAUAAAAGAUGCCACUUGUCUUGCAACUUGGUUAUUGUAUAACUUUUCUCUCCAAUUCAAGAUGCGCCUCAUUUCUCUCCUGGCACUCUGCGGACUUGCUCUCGCAGAGACUGACGGAGGUCCAGUUUUAACAGCGGGUCUUGAGCUGCAGCAGGGUAUCCAGAGCAUUCUCGGCCGGACCUGUCAACUUGCAAACAAUACUUCACGCGAGUCAAACAUUGUUGGCACGCUUGACGCAUGCGUUGAUACAUACGGGCCGCUUGAUCAUAAUGUACAUCUCAUGGAAGAUGGAUUCUGGUUGAGCACCGAGGGUGACACCGUUCAGAUUCUUGGGCCAAACGAAAGAGGCGCUCUCUAUGGAGCCUCUGAGUAUUUGUCCAUGCUGGCACAGGGAAAUUUCUCAUCAGUGGCAUACGCAUCGAGUCCCAACGCCAACAUUCGUUGGGUCAAUCAGUGCGAUUUGACUCGAGCAACCCAGCACACUCGUCUUCUUGCCUCGGUGGGUAUCAACGAUGGCCUCGGGAGAAUCGCCGAUGUCAUGCGCCCAUACGGUGUACAGAUUGGUAUCUCACUCUAUUUCUCAUCUCCAACAUCCGGAAUACAGGGUCAAGCAAAUCUCACAACGUUCGACCCUCUCGAUUCUGGAGUUGUGACCUGGUGGAGUAACGUCACUGAUCAGCUUUAUGACCGAAUUCCUGACAUGGCUGGCUAUCUCGUGAAGGCGAACUCCGAGGGCCAACCGGGUCCUUUGACCUACAAUCGUACUCUCGCCGAAGGUGCCAAUCUUUUCGCCAAAGCACUACAGCCUCAUGGUGGCAUCGUCAUGUUUAGAGCCUUCGUUUACAACCAACUCAACGAAUCCGUGUGGACAGCUGACCGCGCAAACGCUGCAGUUGACUUCUUCAAACCUCUAGACGGUGAGUUUGACGACAAUGUGGUCGUGCAAAUCAAGUAUGGUCCCAUCGACUUCCAAGUCCGAGAGGCUACGUCGCCAUUGUUUGCAAAUUUGUACGACACAAGCACUGCGAUCGAGCUUCAAGUUCCACAGGAGUACCUUGGGCAGCAAACUUAUCUGGUUUACCUUCCACCACUCUGGGACACUGUUCUAGGCUUCGACAUGCGUGUGUUCAACAGAUCUCUGGGUGGCUAUGCCGCUGUUGUGAAUGUUGGCACAAACCAAACUUGGCUAGGAAGUCACCUCUCGAUGGCCAACUUCUACGCGUAUGGUCGGCUAGCUUGGGAUCCUCUUGAAAAUACUGCAAAGAUUCACAAAAACUGGACACGUUUGACGUUUGGACUUGACCAAGAAGUUGUCAAUACCAUCACCAACAUGGCACUUGAGUCCUGGCCAGCGUAUGAGAACUACAGUGGUAAUCUCGGCGUCCAGACACUGACAGACAUUCUAUACACUCACUUCGGACCUAAUCCCCAAUCGCAAGAUAACGACGGCUGGGGUCAGUGGACACGGGCAGAUCACGACACCAUUGGUAUGGACCGCACGGUCGCGAACGGCACCGGCUUUUCCGGCACAUAUCCACCAGAAAUUGCUACAAUGUAUGAAGACAUUGAGACGACACCGGAAAACUUGCUCUUGUGGUUUCAUCAUGUCAACUACACUCAGCAAUUGAAAUCCGGCAAGACAGUGAUCCAGCACUUUUACGAUGCUCAUUACUCUGGAGCCGAGACAGCGCAGACAUUCGCAAAACAAUGGCAGACGCUGGACGGCAAACUUGACUCUCAGCGAUUCGAGGAGCAAAUAUACCGCCUCAAAUACCAAGCUGGUCACUCAAUCGUCUGGAGAGAUGCAAUCUGUGACUUCUAUCACAACAUCUCUGGUAUUUAUGAUGUGUCAAAUCGUGUCGGAAACCACCCUUAUCGUAUUGAAGCCGAGAGUAUGACUUUGAACGGCUACAAGACAUGCGCAGUCAGUCCGUUCGAAACAGCAUCGAAUUAUCAUGCAGUCGUUGUCAGUGAUAACACUACUGCUGGUUCUGUCUCCACUGUCCUCCGAUUUCCAUCGGAUGUCUAUGAUAUCGGCGUCAACUUCUACGAUCUGUAUGGUGGCAAGUCAAAGUAUGAGAUUUUGAUCAACAACAAAACCAUGGUUAGAUGGACCGGCGACAGCGAGGACUAUCUCAGUCACACGCCUUCUAUCUAUGGACACUCGGCCAGAAGGAUCACGUUUGAAGGUCUUGGCAUUCAGACAGGUGAUGUGUUUGAGAUUAUCGGCGCAGCCGAUGGGAUUGAGCCUGCUCCGUUGAACUACGUAGUUUUCUUGCCGUCCGGAGUGCUUGAUUGA